UUUUGUUUUUUUUGUAGUGUUUAUUAUGAUUUUUGAGUAUUCCCAACAACGCUAACAACCUUAAAACGCCAUUGAUAAGUAAAACAAAAAUGGAACUGAGUAAACGCGAUCGUCGUGUGGCCUCGAAAAAGCGGAAAAUUGCGGCUUUCUUGGACGUGGCCGCUCUCAAUGAUCAAGAUGAGAGUGUGCAAGAGAAACGCCUCAAACGCGUCCACGCCUCCCAUGGGGGUGCCAUUCCACCCUUGUUGCCCCUGGGUGCAUCGACUCACGCGAAGUCAGGCCCACCUCCAUUGUCGGAUAAACCGCUCUUGAGUGGGCCGGCCUUUGACGAUUUAAGGCGUCGUUUGAAAGAGAGGAAAAAGUAUUUGCUGACGUUGCCCAAUUUCCGGCUGAAAUCCGUGGGCGAAGACGCCUCCCUUGAGGUCCCACCCAAUCUGCGCACGCCCCUUUUCAUGUCGGAUCUACACAAACUCGUCACCUACAUGAUCAUGGGCAACAAAAUGCCCUACGCCUGCGAAAGUCUCCGGUGGUGCCAAUUGGAGAAAUGGAACCGAUUGACCCACGUUAAUUGCGUUUUCAUCCAAGGUCUGAGCGCUCAAUCAUUCCUGGAUCAUCGGGAUGCUAAUCCGGAACAAUCUGUGUCGGGGAUGUUCCCACACAAGUUGGAAUUCAUCUCACCCGCGGCUUACGACUCCAACAUGGCCUCCGAGAUGGUCAUCAUACCCGUGACCAAACGACGUCAAGACGCCUUGAGGAAGUUGCACAAGAAUUCGUCGGGCAUCUUGAAAUCUGGCGAGGCUUACAAGUUCUAUCGCUCCAUUUUCCCCAUUGUGCCCAACCCUGAUAGUGGCAAGAACAAGGUCAACGUGUUGGACACGAUCGCGCCCGAGGAGUUGAAAUUGCACUUGCUUUUGAAUGCGGAGCAAAUGCUGGGUGAGAACUAUCCGAUGCCGUUGCCCGGUUUGAGAAGCGAUAAGUUACGCGAUUACGUCCUCUCCAAUGACAAGUACCAAGAAGUCUCACUAGAGUCGCCCAUGUACAGUUUGGAUUGUGAGAUGUGUCUCACGCGAGAAGGGAACGAACUCACCCGCAUUUGUGUGGUCGACUCCGAUUGCAAGGUCGUGUAUCACAGCUUGGUCAAGCCUCAGAACGAGAUCGUCAAUUACCUGACCAAAUAUUCUGGCAUCACGAAGCAGAUGUUGGUGGGCGUGGAGAAGCGGUUGGCAGAUGUGCAAAACGACCUGCGGGACCUGCUCCCAGCCAAUGCCAUUUGGGUGGGCCAAUCCUUGAACUCGGAUCUCCACGCCAUGAAAAUGAUGCACCCGUAUGUGAUUGACACCAGUGUGAUCUACAAUAUCACGGGUCAGCGGCAUCGGAAAACCAAAUUGUCCAUGCUCUCUUCGUUGUUCCUCAAAGAGGCCAUUCAAACGGCCGGGAAGCAAGGUCACGACCCCAUUGAGGACGCCAUAGCCGCCAUGAAAUUGGUCAACUUGAAGUUGGAGAACGGUUACAGUUUCGGGGAUGGACUUCUAGGGGGCCGGAUUCCUAACUUGGAAGAAGAGUAUGGAAGAGAUCAAAAGGCCGUGGAUCCUGUGGAUCCAGGGGAGGAAGGACAACCCAAGGCCUGUUUGAUCACGUCAGUGUUGGACCAGGCCAAAAAAGAAAAGAAAAAGCUUCAGAUUGUCGUCCAAUCCGAAUUAGCGCAGGAGUACAAAGACAUUCCCGGCAAUGAAGAUUCGAUCAAAGAGACUGACGGAUUCAAGGCCACCCUACAAGAAGCUUGUGAUAGUGUGUUGAAUAACCAGCUCACUUUCUGUCAUCUCCAAGUGAGCGAUGUCGCUAAACCUUGGAAGAGUGUCCAGAAGGCCGUCAAGAAGAUCUGGUCACAUACUUCGAAUAAUGGGAUUUUUAUCACGGUUCUCACAGGCACCAAGGAAGAAAAUGCCAUGGUUGGGAUUGCUCUGAAAAGAGUCCAAGAAGAUCCUAGUACCGACACACCGUCAUCAGAAUGAAGUUGUUUUAAGAUUUUGUAACACACGGAAAGAAAAUCUUACUGAGUAUGAAAAUAAUAGGAGUUCUGGUCUUACGCGA